AUUAAUUUCUCAAUCUUCACCAACAUCAAAAAGCAAUGAAACCAGCACCAGUAAAUGGAAUCAACAUUCUAAGUCUGAUGGAGCCAUGUUAUACAGUUCACUGCACCAGGAUGAAGGAAGGCAGCCAGAAAUUAUGCACCAGAUUAGGCCAAUUGCAGAUAAAGACAAUGUAACUGCCAAUAGUGUACAAGGAUUAUUGCCCUUUGUCCAGCCAACAGCUUUGAUUGGUCCAGAGUCUUCUAAGGAUGACAAACAAAAGGAGCUGCUAAAUGUCAUAAUGCAUCAAGAUGGUCAGAAGCUUAAUUCAUCACAGUUGCCUUCUUCAGCACAGAAUGCUUGUGGAAAUUUGAAAGUGAAUUCAGUCCAAGAACAACAGAUACUAUCACAAAACCAGCCUACACUGCCAGAACCAGUGUUGGAAGAGCAGCCAUCAAAGCAAAAUGGGAGUUUGCACUGCACAAAACCUCUUCCACCUCAACAAUCUCAAGAGCAGCAGGUGCAUGCUAUGCGAGAUCGCCACACUCAGUCUCCAAAAUUACAUCAUCAAAGUAUUCAUCCCAUGCAGCAACAGAAGGAAUUGCAGGCUGAGCAACAUCUGCAACGCAGUUUACAGAUGCAACAACAAUCCCAGACAAAGAAUAUUCAGCCUAUGCAACAACACAAUCAGCCACAGGCUGUGCAACAAAUGCAACUCAGUUUACAGACACAAAAUCAAUCGCAGCAGCAGCAGCUCUUGCAACAGCACCCUCAAUACCAACAUCAAGCGCAAAUUUUACAGUCAAGCCAUCUGCUGCAGCAGGAUUUGCAACAGGUUCAGAUACAAUCUCAUUAUCAGGCUGUACAAUCUCAUCAUCAAUCAAUAGAAUCUCAGCAUCAACAGAUACAAUCUCAACAUUUACAUAUCCAGUCUCAGCAACAGCAGGAUCAAGUUAUGUCUCAACAAGGGAUUCAACAAACACAACAGAUGACCAUUUAUCCUCGUACUGCAUACUCAGCUCCUCCUCCAACUGCAUUCACUCCUAAUGUUUAUCCCCACGCUGCUCUACAAGGAGGCCUUAUCUAUAAUCCAUCCCUCAUGACCACUCCUACUAACAAUCAACAAGCUGCAGCUGCUUAUUUGUCUCUCAAUACAGGGUCUCAGGCAGCACUUGGCUACAAUAGCUUUGGGACUUCCGGAACUUCAUUAUUUCUCCUGCCAUCGCAGUCCACAGUGUCUCCUUACUCACAGGCUGCUCAAACCCAUUCAUACUUGCUACCUUCACAGAGCUUCUCACAACCUACUUUACAGACCCACUAUCUUGCUCAACCAACUCAACUUAUGACUGCUCAACCACAGCAGAUUCUGUUCCCUCAACAGUCCUAUCCAUCUCAAACGCAGAAUGCCUACCAUUCUUCCCUGUAUCCUCCAACUGCAUAUGCAGCUUACUCAACUUCUGGCUACCCUAAUUCAACUUAUCAAUCUUCUACUCAUGCAUACAUAACUCCUUUCCAAGCUACGGUUCCUGACGUUAACCAGCAAACCAUUGCCGGUCAAACAAUAGCUCUUCAACCUACUAUUUCCUUACAAGCCGUUAGUCAGCCAUCAUUAGGUAUCAACCCUAGUUCUGUCUCAAGCGUUGGGUCAAACGGUUGCCUUGCAUCUGUCCUACAAGCCAUGCCUCAGCAAGCCAUAACUUCACUGCCGUCGUCUAUCGUUAACCCUUCUUUGCAUGGAGCUGGUGCAGGCAGUGCAGUUGUGCAGGGCACUGCCUCUGGCAGUACUAUUGUACCAGGUGCAAAUGCACUAAUAAUACAGGGCAAUAACACAACCACUUCGCUUUCUAGAGCGGUAAUUCAUGGAUCUGUCAAUGCAAGUGCUAUGCUACCAGGUAGCAACGCACCUAGUUCAUCUGUUUCGAUGCCAGUUGUACAGCAGUUCUCCACAGGGACAGCAGUUGUCAUCACUACAACCCAGCCAAUGAAUACUGCGGUCAACAGCUCUACUAGUGGUCAUAUUUCUAUUGCUCCUCGAAUAGGGCCUGUUCAAACUGAAAUAAAAACUUCCAGCCCUGCGCGUCGGCGUGGAACAAAAAAGAGUGCAGCGAUUGCUCCCGCAUUGAAAAAGAUAAAUUCCAGAAAAUUGCCUGUUGGUGAAGACAGAGUUCUUUCUACGGCAAAUUCAAUCAGUAAUAUUAUUUCAUUAAGUGAUAGUGUCUCCAUGACCUUAGUUUCAUCAACGUCAAAUUCUACUUGUGUUCCUCUUACUUCUCUUUGUAACGUCGUGCCAAAUUCAUUCGCCACAUCUAUCGUCGUACCUGAGCUGCAAAUCUUGUCUAAGUCUUCAUCUCCUGGUUUUCAAAGUGAUUUGAGUUCCCGAGUUGAAGCAACUUAUGCUGGCGAUAAAAUAGAGGCAGCUGAACCGUUUGAUCUGCUUCUUCAACUUGAUGCGUUAGAAUCAAUGCAGAAAUCUUUGACAAAGGAAACAAUUAGGUCGUAUGAUGCCAUAUUACACGAAACGCCAAACUUUAACAUUAACGAACCUGCUCCGGAAGUCAAUCCAAUCACUUCCACGUGCUCUCAAAAUACUCUUGAAACACAACUUGCACCAGCCACAGCGAGUCCAGUUAGCUCUUCGCAUCUUGAUGAUAGCGGCUCAGCUGAACUGCAGGUGCAGGUCAUCAAAACUGAACCCGAAAGUCCGGCUGAGGCUGAAUCAGAAUUGAAAAUCGUUGAAAACGAUCCUGUUGAAAAUCCGAUUGCAGAGGACUCUUCAGAUCUUUUUCUUUUGGAAGAAGUAAAUGCGGUUCCGGGGUCUACCUCAAUAUCUGAAGAACUUUGUGUCUCCAAAACCAAGAGUGAAAUGAGCAAAAAAGGUGCUGCUGCUUGCUUGAAAACUCCCGAAAAGAAAAUGUCGAACCCGCGUUCUUGUGAGCUCAGUUCAUCAGAAUUAGACUGCAAACAAUCUACUUCUGAUGAAGCAAAUCUACCUAUAGCACAUGCUGCUUCAGAAUCAACGUCAGAUAUCGCAUAUAUGCGCCUAGAAAAAGAAGUUCUAGCUACCGUUGCAUUCGAUGCUUUAGAAUCGCUUUCUCAUCGAAAGGAUUUGAACGUAGAAAAAUUACCGGCUUCUGUUGGAGCUGAAGUUGAAGACCGGUCAUGUGGUGUUUUAAAUAUAAGUGAAUCAGUUCUCAGUGUUGAUGAAUCUACUGCCUACGCUUCUGAAAAGAGUAAAAGUGAAAGCAAUUCACAAACACUUAAUUGUCAAAUGUUGUCUCCUGGUAAAUCUAGUGAACAUGUAGAUGACCUGGUAUCUCUGAAAAGUAUUGACGAAAACAUUUCAGUUGAUUCUAAAUUCAAGGAUCUUAAUCAGUCACCAAGUUUUGAAAAUUCCGAGAAAUCGAACAAACAUGAUGAAUCUAAAGUGCCUUUGAUUGAGGAAAUUAUUUCUUUGGCAAGCGACAAAAAGAAAGUUGACAGUAAUACUGACAAUUCUGUGGCUGAUGUUAAUCCUGUCCGCGAUUUAUAUUUGGACGCAAGCAAAUCGAACUGCACUUUGACUUCGAAAUUGUCUGAUAGCGAUUCAAUUGUGGCUAACCUCGAUGAUAGUAAGAUGUCACUAAUAACUCCUGCUGUUACAGAUGAAAAUGAUGCAUCCUUCAUUCAUACAGAUCCAGAGGUUUCAGAGAUGACGGUUCAGGAUGUUUGA